AGGUGCAGGGGCCCCCGGGGAGGCAGGGGUUUCUUGGAAGCCAGACUGAGAUGCGAGUCUUUGGGAUCCCUGGGGAGGGGGUGUCCCCAAGCCUUCCCAGGUGUCCUGGGCCUGGACAGAGCCUGGAGGGCUGCAGGGGGUAGGUGACCUGAUGGCCAGGGGACCUGAGCGAGCCAGCCGGGCUCCCCGUCUGGCGCCUCCAUCCAGCCCAAGUCCCGCCCACUUGCCACACCCCUGACUCACUUCCUUUGCAUAGAAGCGGAAACCUCCCCAGAGCUUCCUCCCCUCCUAACGAUCCGGGACCGGCAGGUGUUGCUGCCCCUUCAGGCCUGAGCUCGCAGGCCAGGCCCCUGACCCAUCAGGACCCUGAGCAGGAAGCUGGUGUUUUCUGUGUCCUGAGUUGCAGCCCCAGCCUCUGGCCCUGGCAGGGGGCUGCCCGCGGUGGGCUGGAGCCCCGCAGGAACUUAGCCUGACGGCUGCAGGGAGGGCGACCUGCAUGCGGAGCGCCGCCCCCGCGCCAUGGACAGCGGCCCCCGCAGCGCGGAGGCCGCGGGCCCCGGCGCCCCCGGCCCGAGCCUGAUCCCGCCGCUGCGCGCGGUGGUCCGUCUGCGCCGCCGCGUGUGCCUCCUGCGCAAGCGGCGUGUGCCGCCGCCGGGCCCCGCGCCCGCGCCCGCGGACCCGCCGCAGUUCUUCACCUUCGACAGCCCGGAGCCGCCGUCCAGGACGCCGCGCAAGAGGCGCCGCCGCAGCCGCGUGGUGCUCUACCCGGAGACGUCGCGCAAGUGCCGGCCUCGCGCGGAGCGCCGCAGCCGCGCGCAGCGCUGCCUCCUGCUGCUCGUGGCCAUCGUGGGCUUCCAGGUGCUCAACGCCAUCGAGAACCUGGACGACAACGCGCAGCGCUACGACCUCGACGGGCUGGAGAAGGCGCUGCAGCGCGCCGUGUUCGGGCAGCCGGCCGCCGUGGCGCGCAUCGUGGCGCUGCUGAGGGACUACCUGGCCACGCACGUGCACAGCCGCCCGCUGCUGCUGGCGCUGCACGGGCCGAGCGGCGUGGGCAAGAGCCACGUGGGCCGCCUGCUGGCGCGCCACUUCCGCGCGGUGCUCGAGGACGGCGCGCUGGUGCUGCAGUACCACGCGCGGCACCACUGCCCGCGGCCGCGCGCCGCGCAGGGCUGCCGGGACGAGCUGGCGCGGCUGGUGGCCGACGUGGCGGAGCGCGCCGAGGCGGAGGAGAAGACCCCGCUCCUGGUGCUCGACGACGCGGAGCGCAUGCCCCCGGCGCUGCUGGACGAGCUGCACGGCCUCCUGCAGCCGCAGCGCGCGCACCGCUUCCGCAGCGCCGUCUACGUGCUGCUCAGCAGCCAGGGCGGCGCGGAGAUCACGCACUUCGUGCUGCAGAACGCGUCCCGCGGGCCCCCCGCGCGCCCCGACGGCGCCCCUCGGGCCGAGGAGGAGCUGCGCGCCGGCCUGCGGGCGCUCCUGGUCCGCGCGCACCCGCUGUGGCAGGCCGCGGCCAUCGUGCCCUUCCUGCUGCUGGACCGGCGGGACGUGGUCAGCUGCUUCCGGGACGAGAUGGCCGCCGAGGGCUUCUUCCCCGAGCAGGCGCGCGCCGAGCUGCUGGCCGCGCAGCUCCAGUACUACCGCGUCGCCGGCCGCGAGUUCGCGGUCACCGGCUGCAAGCAGGUGGUGGCCUCGGUGAACCUCCUGUAGCAGCGGCGGGCUGGACGCGGUGCGUGCCUUGCGGGCGCCGGGGGACACGUCGCUUGAUGGUGGUAGUAGGAGGAAGGGACCCUGUGGAUUCGCCUGAGGCCCCUAAUAAAUCUGCCUGUAGCCCUCA